AAAUCUAAGAAAACAUAUGAAUUGAAACCCAAAAAAAUAAAAAUAAAAAAACCAAAAAAUAAAAAAAAAUCCCAAAUCCAAAUUCUAUACUCUUCAUGGAGCUCAACGAAAGCCUGAGCUCUUACUAUCACUACCACCACCACCAACAACCGCCCAACCCAACGCUCGCCGCCGCCUCACCGACGAAUGGGAUACCGCCAAACCCCGCCGCUAGUUCUCACGCGGUGUACCCCGGCUCGGUCCCCUCGGCCGUGUCUUCGCCGCUGGAGACUGUGAAGAGGAAGCGAGGGAGGCCCAGGAAGUACGGAACCGCCGAGCAAGCGGCCGCCGCGAAACGGAUGUCUUCUGCUUCGUCCUCGAUUUCUUCGCCCAAGAAGAGGGAGCAGGGGCCGCUAGGCGGUGGUUCUUCCCAUUCUGUUAUAAAAAGAUCUCAGUUGUCUGCUUUUGGUGAUGCAGGGCGUGGGUUCACAGCUCAUAUCAUUAAUGUGGUUGCUGGAGAAGACGUGGGCCAGAAAAUAAUGGCAUUUGCGCAACAAAGCAAGCAUGAAAUGUGCAUCCUCUCAGUAUCUGGCACAAUCUCAAAUGCGUUCCUACUCCAACCAGGAGGCAAUGUUACAUACGAGGGACGAUUCGACAUUCUUUCACUAUCUGGAUCAUAUGCACGUAAUGGGCCUGGAAGGAAAACUGGUGGACUUAGCAUAUGUCUGGCUAGUGGUGAUGGUCAGAUCAUCGGGGGUGGCGUUGGUGGUCCCUUGAUAGCUGCAGGCCCGAUCCAGGUUAUUGUAGGUACAUUCACAGUUGACAAAAAGAAGAAUUUGGCGGAAGGACUAAGACGCGAUGUCUCUGCGCAAAUUGAUGGGGUAUCAACAUCGGAUAUCGGAGUCCAGUCAAUGGUCGAUUCGUCUCAUCAAAGUAUUGUCGGAAGUCAAUUCAUGAUGCAGUCAGCUCCUCCACAAUCAACCGAAUGGAGAGGCAACACACCAGAAAACAGCGACUAUGACCACCUUGGAGAUUAGAUCAAGAAGUAGAUUUGUUGUUUAGGAGGCCCGUUACAUGUACAUUUCUAUCUAUCUUGUAGGUUAUUUGAGACGAGAGAAACAGAAACUCCUUCUUCGCACCAUCUGCCGUGUCUAAUUAUAGUGUACAGGUCAGUGAAUCUCGCCUUGCAGACCAAACUGCGAGAAUUUAGUAAUUUACAGUGCAUGUUUAACCC